CCUUAUAGACAAGCGCCGAACAGACGGCACCGACUUUCUCUCUAGAAGAAUCAGCGAAAUGAGGAACAUCGCCAACCCGGCACCAUGCGCUCCAGGCUCCCAAGGACCGCCUGCCUCUUGCGAAUCAUUGCACUCUGCAUCCUUCUCUCGCACACUGCAGCUUAUUUUGGGCUGACAGGUCGGGAGCCCUUGGUGUUUUUACCAGGUCCGUUCUCCAAUGACGCCCCGGCAGGAAAGGCCCACCUGAAGCAGUGCGAGCAGAUGACGCUGACGCGGCGGCAGAAGCGGCUGUGCCGCAGGGAGCCCGGCCUGGCGGAGACGCUCCGGGAGUCGGUGCGCCUCAGCCUGCUGGAGUGUCGCUAUCAGUUCAGAAACGAGCGCUGGAACUGCAGUCUGGAUGGGCGGGGAAGCCUCCUCAAAAGAGCAUUUAAGGAGACAGCCUUCCUGCUCGCCGUUUCCUCGGCAGCGUUGACCCACGCACUCGCCAAGGCGUGCAGCUCAGGCCGAAUGGAGAGGUGCACGUGUGACGACUCCCCUGGCAUCCAACAUCGAGAGGCGUGGCAGUGGGGGGUCUGUGGGGACAACCUGAAGUACAGCACAAAGUUUCUCAAGAAGUUCCUUGGCCAGAAGAGGGUCAGCAAGGACCUGAGGGCCCAGAUCGAUGCCCACAACAUCAACGUCGGAAUUCGGGCAGUGAAGAGUGGACUGAAAACAACCUGCAAGUGUCACGGCGUCUCCGGCUCUUGUGCUGUACGGACUUGCUGGAAGCAGCUGUCACCUUUCCACGACACCGGGCGGCUGCUGAAGUAUCGAUACGACAACGCCGUCAAAGUGCUGAGUGUCACCAACGCGGCCACGGGCCAGAGCGAGCUGGCGGGCCCCCGUCGCCAGGGCCAGAGCCUCCGCACAACUGACUUGGUCUUCCUGGAGGACUCCCCCAGCUUCUGCAGGCCCUCCCGCUACUCGCCCGGGACGGGUGGCCGGUCCUGCGCCAAAGACACGAGUUGUCAGAGUCUGUGCUGCGGACGGGGUUACAACACGGCCAUGCGCCUCACCAGCCUGUCCUGCCACUGCCAGGUACGCUGGUGCUGCCACGUGGAGUGUCAAACGUGCGUCAGGGAGGAGGAGGUGUAUACCUGCAAAAAUGCUUAAACAAAUGCUGAGGUAGAAAAAAGAAAAGAGAAGCAGUUUGGAAAGACUUGGAAAAAGGGAAAGAACGAUCCCUUGAAGCAGUGGAAAAAAUGUGACACAGAUUGAUCCUCAACAAGACUGAACUGUAAUCUGUUAGAGACAUUUCACUGAGAUCUUACAUCCGAGCGUGUUUGCAGAUUUCUUCUCUUCUCUGCAUGUUUUUUUUUUUGAGGCGGGGGGGGUACACAAGUGUAACUUUAUAAUAUUGCUGGUUUCUCGCUACACAUCACUUAUUUGAUAUGCAACAGCUUAUCGAGGCAAGGAUGUUCUCAGAUUUCCCUGCUUUUCUCUCACUGGAUGCACUGAAAUCCCACUUUUUUCUGGGAAACAAGCUCUUAAAACAGGUACUGGACUGGAUGCAAAAAGCAGUACAAUGUCACAUCCCAACGACCUGGGUGCUCUGAAACUCUUUGAUGUUUUGUAACUGCGCCUCCUACAUUUGAACUAUUUAGUGGGCCGGUCUUUGUGUCUGUUAUACUGCUGCUUUAUACGUUCAAUCCUAUAAACAAGUGGUGCCACUACGGCUCAAGUGGACUUUGGAGAAAUCUACCUUUUUUGUCUUUUUGACUGCUGUUAUGAUAUUUUCUGCUGUGUAGAACUUUAAAAGUUCUUUCUUUUUUUUUUUAUUUAGUAAAAGCACUUAUGUUGCUCUUGCUACACGCUACACAAAAUGUAUUGUUGAUAUUGAAGUCUGAAAUCAUAACUUGAUAGAAUCACUGGAAGCAUUGAGGGUUGCCAGUCACCACUGAUGUGCAUUAACCGGGUUAUCGUGUAAACAAAGAAGCUGGGUUUCAGUUGCUCUUAUGGAAAUCUCUAUGGAAAUCUCUACAUUGAGACUGAUGUGUGCUCAGCAGAACAAAGGGAGAUGUUAACAGUGAAGGAAACACUGAGCAAUGUCUUUCAAAAACCAGCUCAUUCUGGGACCCCACCAGCUCUGCUAUUUUAUUUUUUACUAUUUAUAGAGGCCCACGCUUUUCUAUACUUUCAAGUGUAAAAUUCCCUCGGUCUUCAAAGUUUAAAUUAGCCACAUCUUUGUUCUUUGAAGUGGUUCAGUCAUGCGCACUAUUUCCCCUAAUUGCUAAUCAAAGGAAAUCACCAUGUUUACUCUCCUUAUAUCCAAAUCUGUGUCCAUGUGUGCAGGUCAAAGGUGCAUGUUAGACCCAAAACAUCUGUUUUUUCCUUUUUUUUUUUUUUUUUUAAGUUUUGAUUCUGGGCUGUAUAUGUGAUCUGAAUAUAACUCACAUCGAGGCUGGAGGCGUCUGACAAUGUGGAAUCGUAAUUUUCUACCUCACUUCAACUUUUGGCAAAUAUCAACAAGAUUUAUGAUCCUCUCGCUGUAGAUACAUGUCUUUGCUUCUGCAUUGGUUUGAAAUAUCAUAUUUUAGAUGUGUGUACAGGUCUUUUCAGUGUGGUAACAUAAGGUAUAUCACCACUAUUCAAGAGCAAAUAUUUUUAAUCUUGUUGCUUCACACUUUUAUUUAAGAGAAAUAAGAAUAAUA